GUUUGUGGUGCUCGACUGUUGAACCUCCUGGGAUAAAGUUAAUUCUGCGGGUUUUGAAAGGCUUCUCCCUUAAAAGACGAAAAGUUCAGGAGUUAUCGAGGGAAGCUGAGACAUAGUGAGGAAACAAUUUCGUCUGUAGCUGGAAUGAGGCUAGAAGAAGUGUUAAGUUAAGAAGCUUAAGACCAAGAAGUCGCCCGGCGCGACAUCAUUCGGAAUGGCGGCGAGGACGCUUCCCAUGGCACGCGGCACCUCGUGCCUCGUUUGCCGCGGUGCCGCGUGUGACGCGUCGCUGCCGAGCUGCACACACCGCUUCUGCAGAGCCUGUCUGUACGGCUACUGGGAGCGCCGCGGUGCCCUGCAAUGUCCCGUGUGCGCGACCCCCGUUGCGUGCCACGUGCGUUUGGAGGACGCGUCCGGCUGGAAAGAGCCGGGGGUCCGGAGAGAGACUCCCGUUCGUCCCUUACCGGAUCGGGUCUGCAGUGAGGAGAGGGGCAACAUAAACACGCAGAAGCAGCAAGAAAAGCAAAACUCAAAGGUGAAGAUAAAGACUGAGGACAUAGAGGAGGAGAUUCAUCCUUCUUUCUACAGGAGCAGCAUAGUAAAACAAGAAGUGAAAUUAGACAACUCAGCCUUGAAGAAUAUCAAGAGCACAAAAAGUAGAUGUCCAAGAGAAGAAGGGCUCAAAGAUCAGCAUGGUGCGCAGCCUUUCGAGAAACGGGUGAACUCCGGACCGCUAGCCAGUGCCCGCGACUCUGCUUCUCCAGUCUUGCCGCAGCCUCCUGCAGUUCUGGUGGGAAUGAUCUGGUGCUCCCAGUGUGGGAAGAGCUUCAAACAUAAAGGUGAACUGAAAGCACACCAGAAGGUGCACACAAUGGAGAAACCGUUUAGCUGCACCGACUGCGGGAAGCGAUAUUGUGGCAAAAAUGAGCUUGCGCUGCACCGGCGCCUUCACACGGGGGAGAGGCUGUGGAAGUGCGCCGUCUGCGGGAAGAACUUCACACGCAAAAGCGCACUGAAGCUGCACAAGCAAAGUCACACGGGGAGGAAACCGCAUCACUGCUCUGUAUGUGGGAAGAACUUCUCCAGAAGAAGUGCGCUGAAGUUGCACAAGAUGCAGCAUACUGGCCUCAAACCGUACAUUUGCUUUUACUGUGGUAAGAAGUACGCUACCUCGGCUGCCCUAAAACUACAUGUUAGCAUGCACACAGGGGAAAAGCCCCAUCAGUGCUCGCAGUGUGACAAGAGCUUCCGUCGUUCCCGAGAUCUUAAGGUGCACCGCUUGACGCAUUCGGGGGAGAGGCCGUACCCGUGCUCUUACUGUGAGAAGAGGUUCCUCACUAAGCAGCAGCUCACAUUGCACGAGCGAAUCCAUACCGGCGAGAAACCGUACCAGUGCUCGGAAUGUAAGAAAACCUUCAGCCGCCUGGCACACUUGAAAUCGCAUCAGCGCGUUCACACCGGGGAGCGACGAUACAAAUGUCCCCACUGCGAGAAGAGCUUUUCUCAACCGGGUAGCCUCAAAAUCCACGAGCGCACUCACACGGGAGAAAAACCGUACAAGUGCACGGACUGUGGGAAAGGUUUCUGUUCCUCGGGAGACCUGGUGAAGCACAAGCGCAUUCACACGGGGGAGAAAUCGUACAAAUGCAGUGAGUGUGGGAAGAGCUUCCGUCUCUCGCAGGCCCUCAAGGUUCAUCAGGUGGUCCACACAGGAGAGAGACCGUUCCACUGCACAGACUGCGGGAAGACCUUUAGUAGGCAGGGAGCGUUCCGGAUUCACAGGAGAACUCACACGGAUGAAAGGCCGUAUAACUGUUCGCAGUGUGGGAAGAGUUUCUGCACCUCGGGUACCUUAAAGUCACACCAGCUCAUUCACGUGACGGAAGGACCGUACCACUGUACGCAGUGCGGGAAGAGCUUCACUAGAAGCGAUACUUUCAAAAUACACCAACAGAUUCAUUCCGGGUAUAAAUCGUUCCAGUGCGAACAGUGCGGCAAGUGUCUCAGCUCAGCCAGUAGCCUCAAAACGCAUCAGGAGAGUCAUGCGAAAAAGCGAAAAUACUCGUGCUCACACUGUGAGAAGAGCUUCCGUUCUAUGUCAUACCUGAAGGUGCACGAGCGCACGCACACAGGUGAAAAGCCCUACCUCUGUUCUCUCUGUGGGGAGAGCUUCUUCUCUUCGGCAAGCCUCUUGACUCACCAGGUGAACCACACAGGCGAACGACCGUACGGCUGCUCCUACUGCACCAAGUCCUUUGGCCAGGAGAUGCACCUCAAGAGGCACGAGAAGAUUCACUUAGCUGAGCGACCGCACCCCUGCUCCGAGUGCGGCAAGCGUUUUGUCCGGAAAGAUCAGCUGACCUCGCACAAGCGCAUUCACAAGAAGAAGUAGUAGUAAAGGAAAGGAGGUUCUCAACAGGGAUUUUACAGUCCUCCGGGUUUCGGUAUAUUGAAGUGUAGCUUGAGGCUCAACAGUAACACAAUUCAUUCCUUUUCUUCCACACAUAAUUGUAUGUUUGAUUCCUUGAAUUGGCAGUUUGGUUGGACAUAUCAGAUUUUAACAAUGUGGCUGGAUUAUGUACGACACAGGGAGCUAUAAAGGACCUCUUAUGUCAUUUUGAUUUGAAUGUAGAUGCAACAGCAACCCUUCUGCAAUAUCCAACACCCUCAGUUGAAUGUCAUUUGUAUCACUUUUUGCUGUCCUGUUUUAUGUUGAAGGUGGCUGGCGCUCACUAUGUGUCAGUGCAUAUAUAAUGAAUCAUAAACAUAAGUAUAUUAUAU